GUUGCAAGGGAAAUCAGUCAGCCAGCGCGGUAGGCCUACCGCCACCAAAUGCCGUCUCUCUCUCCCCCCUACAAACAGUUACCCUGCCCGUAAAUCAACCAAACUCGUAUCCACGGUUAGAUUCUUCCGCUGAACGUCUCAGAUCUCUCCAUGACCUCAGCCCUAGCUGCCCUAUGUUCAAAUUUCAAAAUAUUUUUUGUUUUCGCAGCAUUCGGUCACUCACAGUUGACACCAAAAUUGAAAACAGUCAAAAAAAUUUCCAUACGAUCUAUCCUGGCAAGCCCAAUCAGAUUGUAUCGUCACUCGUUUACCUCACCUGCAUGAAUCUUGAUCACAACUCCUUUUCGUCUUUCUUUCGGAAGACCACACAGAAGAAAACCCUCGUACGAGUCGUGAGAUAAGUGGAGAGAGCUGAUGCUCAUUUAUUUUCUCUCUCAGAACUCUCUCUCUCGACGCUUUCUCGCUCUAGUAACCCUCUCAAGUUGCAGUAUUGAAAUACUUCCAUCAUGUUUGGUCGUGUUCCAAAAAGAAGCGAUAACACCAAGUACUAUCACGUUCUUGGUGUUUCAAAAAGUGCAAGUCAAGACGAACUCAAGAAGGCAUAUAGGAAAGCUGCGAUGAAGAAUCAUCCUGACAAAGGUGGAGACCCUGACAAGUUCAAGGAGUUGUCUGAAGCAUAUGAAGUUUUAAGCGACCCUGAAAAAAGAGAUGUUUAUGAUCAAUAUGGUGAAGAUGCCCUUAAGGAGGGAAUGGGUGGGGGCAGUGCUGCUCAUAAUCCAUUUGAUAUAUUUGAAUCCUUCUUUGGUGGAGGUUUUGGUGGUGGUGGUAGUUCAAGGGGUAGGAAGAAACAAGGUGAAGAUGUAGUGCACACUCUGAAGGUUUCAUUGGAGGACUUGUACAAUGACACAACUAAGAAACUCUCUCUUUCCAGGAAUAUCUUGUGCCCUAAAUGUAAAGGGAAAGGUUCAAAGAGUGGGGCAUCUGGUAGAUGUUAUGGAUGCCAAGGUACUGGAAUGAGGAUUACAACACGGCAGAUUGGACCAGGCAUGAUUCAGCAGAUGCAGCAUGUGUGUCCUGAAUGCAGAGGCUCAGGAGAGGUCAUCAGUGAGAGAGAUAAAUGUUCACAGUGCAAAGGAAACAAGGUUUCACAAGGAAAGAAAGUGCUGGAAGUGCAUGUUGAGAAAGGGAUGCAGCAUGGGCAGAAGAUUGUGUUCAAGGGUGAAGCUGAUGAAGCUCCUGAUACUGUUACAGGAGACAUUGUUAUCAUAUUGCAACAGAAGGAGCACCCCAAGUUCAAGCGGAAGUUUGAUGAUCUUUAUGUAGAACACCCCCUCAAUUUAACAGAAGCUCUUUGCGGUUUUCAGUUUGUCCUCACUCAUCUUGAUGGCAGGCAGCUUCUCAUCAAAUCAAACCCUGGAGAGGUUAUUAAGCCUGAUCAGUACAAGGCAAUUAAUGACGAGGGCAUGCCACAGCACCAGAGGCAGUUCAUGAAAGGCCGGCUAUUUAUCCAUUUCAGUGUGGUAUUCCCUGAGUCAGGGGUUCUGUCUCCUGACAAGUGCCUAUCAUUGGAGGACAUACUGCUGCCUACGCCAGGCAAGCUCAAAAAAGAUGUGGCCCUGGAUGACUGUGAGGAAACCAUUUUGCAUGACGUCAACAUUGAGGAAGAAAUGAGGCGGAAAGAGCAGCAACGACAGCAGGAGGCUUACGACGAAGAUGAUGAUGAUGUGGCACCUCGUGUUGCAUGUAACCAGCAAUAAGGCAUUGAUUAGUCAUCAAAUUCCAGUAUUCACCGAGUCAUCCAAUAUCUGUGCUGCGUGGUUAUGCCUUUUGACUUGAAAUUUUGCUUCUAGCUAUCAUUUGUCUGGCUUUGCAGUUCUCUUUGCUUGCUUCUGUUUAGUUAAAAUGUUAUGUUAUCUAAGAUAUAAGACAUUUGAGUGUUCCAUUGCUGUCAUAGUUUCUUAUAUCGAUGUAUUCGUUUCUCCUCAAAUAUGUGUAUUUAGGUAUUCAUUUUGGUUUAACAUGGUGGUUCAUUUGUUUUUGUUGUUAUGAUACUGUUUAUAUUGAUGAAUGGUUUGCUCUGUUGAAUGGAAG